ACAACUACAAUGACCAGCGUGCCCCGCGCUCCGUGCCCCCCUUCUCUUUCAGCCUCGGGCGACCAGGAGGCUCCAAGCAUCUGCUGACUGGGAACGGAUAUGGCGGCCACUCUGGGCAGCGGGGAGCGCUGGACCGAAGCUUAUAUUGAUGCAGUUAGAAGAAACAAAUACCCAGAAGACAAACCUCCUGAGAGUCAUGACCCCUGUGGUUGCUGUAACUGCAUGAAGGCACAGAAGGAAAAGAAGUGCGAGAAUGAGUGGAAUCAGAACCGACAGGGUGAAGGGAGCUCCACUUAUACUGAGGAACAGCUGCUUGGGGUACAAAGGAUCAAGAAAUGCAGAAAUUACUAUGAAAUUCUGGGAGUUUCUCGAAAUGCCAGUGACGAAGAGCUUAAGAAAGCUUAUAGAAAACUUGCUCUGAAAUUUCACCCUGACAAGAACUGUGCUCCAGGAGCAACAGAUGCUUUCAAAGCAAUAGGAAAUGCCUUUGCAGUUCUGAGCAAUCCUGAUAAGAGACUCCGCUAUGAUGAAUAUGGAGAUGAACAGGUGACUUUCACUGCACCUCAAGCCAGACCUUAUAAUUAUUACAGGGAUUUUGAAGCUGACAUCACUCCAGAAGAGCUAUUCAAUGUCUUCUUUGGAGGCCAUUUUCCUACAGGAAAUAUUCAUAUGUUUUCAAAUGUGACAGAUGACACUCACUAUUAUCGACGGCGGCAUCGACAUGAGAAAACACAGACACGGAAAGAAGAGGAAGACGAUAAACCUCAGACCACAUAUUCUGCAUUUAUUCAGUUACUUCCAGUUCUUGUGAUUGUAAUUGUAUCUGUCAUUACUCAGCUGCUGGCUGCUAAUCCUCCAUACAGUCUAUUCUAUAAAUCGACCUUGGGCUACACCAUUUCCAGAGAAACUCAGAACCUGCAGGUGCCUUACUUCGUGGAUAAAAACUUUGACAAGGCCUAUAGAGGGGCUUCUUUGCAUGACCUGGAGAAGACGAUAGAGAAGGAUUACAUCGAUUACAUCCAGACAAGUUGUUGGAAGGAGAAACAGCAAAAAUCGGAGUUGACAAAUUUAGCAGGAUUAUACAGAGAUGAACGAUUGAAACAGAAAGCAGAGUCACUCAAACUUGAAAACUGUGAAAAACUUUCCAAACUUAUUGGCCUCCGCAGAGGUGGUUGAGAGAAUGAUGGUCCAGGGCAGGGUUGGGGUUUUGUUAUUUGUUACUAUUUAUGUUCCUAAUUCCAUUUUAUAAUACAAAAUUAGGAAAUGACAAACAUUUUACAAUUUACUAACUUUGUUUACUGAGCAGAAUUAAGAGCUUGAGCAUGGAGCCAGACUUGUCAUCACAGAUUCCUUCCCAGGGAGUGGCUCCCAGGACAGGAACAUUCCUAAGUGACAUGAAUGGCAAAGCGUUUCACUGAGUCCCCUUGCGCCAGGCCUACCCUGUCUCUGUGAAUGUAAGUUAAGGGCAUCCCAGAGAAGAUCUACAUUUUUUCCCUUCCCUUCUUCAGUGAAUUUUCCUUACCUAGGUACCCUGGACUUAUCCAAAGCAGCUUUAUAUUACUUACAAUGUCUGAAAAAUUAUACCUCUCCUUGCAUUAGAGACAUCAUCUCCCCUAAGAUUCAGCCUUCGGAACUUGUUACUGUUCAACUUUCCAUUUUCUAAGGGGAAUAUGGAGACAUUUAAACAAUUUAACCAAUAGUUAUUUGUUAUCCUAGUCUCUGUUCAGUCAGGGGCAAUAGCAAACUGAAUGAUUUGAGGUUCUUUUAUUUUCCUUACUCCUCCCUCCCGUAGAGGGGCCAGAAAUUAGAAACUGUUGAGCUGUGAUACAGUUCCACUGACAACUCAGCAGCAGGAAGCAAGGACUGAGGGAGAAGAUAAAAUGCAAGACAAAGUUUCAGCUCCUCAGCGCACAUUCUCAAGUAUUUAUCACACAUCUAGAGAAUGUUCUUUUUGUCAUUUCCCCUUGGUAUCAUCAUUUGGUAUCAUCGUUUUUGAGCCAAGUCCCUACACCCCACAGAGGAACAGUGAUCAGACCUAAGAGGAGGCAUUCCAGCCAGGCUAUGGCUCAUGCCUAGAGACAGAAGGGGAAGAUUGCCUCUGUGUCCAUCAGAGGCUAGCAUUGGCCCCAGCAGUCAUUUUAUUUUACCCUCGAGUUUGUGGUAUAAAAUGGUUUCAUUCAUUCAACAUUUAUUGAGUGCCUGCUAUAAAACACAGGCUCUCACAUAUAUUUUUUUAGUGAAGCUUCCUCACAACUCUGUGAAGUAGGUGUAUUAUCUUUGCUUUUAUGAAUGAGAACCUUGACCAGAGAGGAUGGUUGACCUUGGUUGUACAACUGGCAGUGGCAGAGCUGGUUGGUAGGUGGAUUAUCAGUGGAAAAUGUGAGAGCUCAUCCUCAUUUCUCAGGUGAUUCAAGCCAGACUGGCAAAGCAGCAUCUUUCCCAAGGAUGCCUCUGUUGCCCACAACUCACUCCUCUGUUCUUUUUAUGGCAGUCCUGCAUUCCUGUUAUUCAUUGGAAGCAGGACCACAUGAAUAAAUUCUGUAUACAAAGUAAGAGUUUCCUUAAAGGCAGGCAGCCCUUCCCACUGGUGACAAGGAAGAAAUAAGUCGCUGCCUAGACUAUGUGGUUCUACGCUUUUCCUAUGGAAGGGAGCGACUUGGAAUGCGCUGCCCAGAUUAUUAUGAGCCUCUAAAAUUGAAAGGACCAUAGUCUACAUUCUUCUCUGGAUUUGGAAGAAGAGUUCCUAUUGAAAGGAGGGUCUACAUUAAGUCUGAGUUCCAAAGUAAAGUUUCUCCAUUCCGAUGUCUAGCACUGUUCAUAUGUGCACAUUCCACAGGGACAGGAGAUGAGUUCUCAGGUAAAGAAUGGGGGCUUUGGGCCUGGUAUGGUAGCAUACAUCUGUAAUCCCAGAGUCUUAGGAGGCUGAGACAGGAAGAUUGCAAGUUCAAAGCUAGCCUCAGUAAUUUAAGGAGGCCCUGAGCAACUUAGCAAGUCCCUGACUCAAAAUAAAACAUAAAAAGGACUGGGGAUGUGGUUCAGUGGUAAAGUGGGUUCAAUCCAAGGUGCCAGAAAAAAGGCGGGGGUUGGCGGGGGGUGGGGGAGGGCUGGUGACUGGUAGUGACAAAUGUUCAGUUAUAGGAAGGAGAAACAGUUCUGAAUAUAGCCAGAUUUUGCUGGCCAGCUAGGUCUAUUCUGGGUUUUGUUGGGUCUUCCUGAUCUCUGAGUGACAGAGGAUUUACACUAUAAAAUUGUUUCCAUGAGUCAAACAGUCUUAUGGAAAGCUCUUACACACACAAAAAUCAAAGCUCUCCUCAACUUCUGCUAGAAAGUGAACCAUAUCUGGUCACAACUGUGCACACCUAUAAUCCCAGCCACUCUCCAACCUCCACCUCUGCCAGAAAAUGAGCCAUAACUGAAUAUCGUGGUACACACCUGUAAUCCCAGUCCAGGGAUUACAGGGAAGCAGGCAGAUUGUAAAUUCAAGGCCAGCUUUGACAAUUUAGUGAGAUCCUGGCUCAAAAUAAAAAGGGCUGGGGGUAUAGCUCAGUAGUAGAGUGCUUGUCUAGCAUGCAUGAGGCCCUAGGUUCAAUCUCCAGUACUGCAAAAAAAAAAAAAAAACACCACAGUGGAAACAGUGAUAGGUUAAAAGGCAAAAGACCCUGCCCUAGAAGAUAUCCACAAAUAGUGUUGUCAAACAUUUUAUGGAUUUCAUGGUAGUGAUUAAUUAAAUGUGAUGCUACUAAAUAGAGACAAUACUAACUCCAUUAAAUAUCACACUAAUUGUUUUUAUAGCAUUAAUAGUUUGUUUAAUUUGUUACUACUGGACCACAAUACCCACAUCUGGUUUUUCUCAAGGGAACCAUAUUUGCUUUUGGUUGAAAGAUAAAUUAAUCUAUUUGGUACUAUCAAGAAUAAUGUUAAACAAAUAUCCUUGGCUGUAUUGUAGAUGGGUUGCCUGCAUGGUGGUAAAAUAAGAUUUUCCUUCUUGCCUAAAUCCUUUGGAAGAUUUUUACUGGUAUAUAAACUCUUUAGGGAAGGCUAUUCUCAUUGUUGGAACUUGGCACACAGCUCAAAACUACUUGUUGGAGGGCUACUACAGAUUAGACCCUGGUGUUGGGAGUGAGGCUAAGAAAGAGGGCUUGAAGCUCACACAGAAACAAGCUCUCAUUCAAGUGAAGAUGCUCUCCUGCACUGCUUGAUCAGAACUAAGGAGGGAAGAAUGAAAAUCCUUCUCACAAAGAAACUUGCAGCUUGAAGGAACCCAUGUACCCAGGUCAGUAGACCUGGAGUUCAUCUGCUCAAACCCAGAAAACUUUUAAACUUCCUUAACAGGCCUCAUGGCUUAAGAGUGAGAAAAUAAUGUUGCACUGAGUGCAGUGGUUUAUGCCUGUAAUCCCUGUAACUUGGGAAGCUGAGACAGGAGGAUCACAAAUUCAAGGCCAGCCUCAGCAACUUAAUGAAACCUUGUCUCAAAAAAAUAAAAUUUAAAAAGGGCUGUGGAUACAGCUCAGAGGCAGAAUGCUCCUGGGUUCAAUCCCCAGUACCAAAAAGAAAAAAAAGAACAUUGCUGCGCUCUCUGGAAACCAUUAGAAAUUACAGUAACUCCAGACCUCACCAGAACAUGAGAUUCAGCAGCUUGGCCAAGCUAUGUACUCCUUAUUUUUAUCCUCACACUCAGGACAACACUGUGAGGAAGCAUGUUGGAAUUCCAGAAGCUUUCUGUUAACAACUGGCCAUACAACCAAGUCUCUGCAUGCACUGCUCCUCACAGGAGCUAGCAAUUUGCAUUUAUUUUGGACUAAUUAAAGUGUUCGCUUAGUGUCUUAAUUAUUUUUGGAGAUAGACAAGUUACUAUACAUCGUAUAUUUUGAGGCUGCAUUGUUGAUACCUUGUGCAGUGGCCACUACGUAAUUAUAUACCCAUGUGUUAGGUACUGAUUACAUCAUUUGCAUCAUAUUCAGUAUGCAGAUUUAUAGAUGUGAAUGUUCUGUGACCAGAGUCAGGGAGGACACAGAUGAAAUCAGCUCCUGGUGGAGUUCAAAUCCUGAACACUCUGUUCAUCUGAUCUACUGCAUCUAGAUUGAGUGUAUUUUAACAAAGAAAACAUUAAAUGAUUUUAUGUAAAAAGAA